GAUGUAAUGUUUGUUCUUCAUCAAAUUGUAUCCUGAAGACCCUGAUCCUGGGGCCGAGGAUGUCUGGUGGAAUAGUGGGAAGUGAGCCUCAUUCUGUGUUCAAGAAGAAGCAAGUGGUUAGAGCACUGAGGCUAGGGCAGGAGCUCUGACUGGAACCACACAGUAACUGAGAGCUGUCAACCUACUGGCAUUGGAAGGAAGCAACAGAGAGGGUCUGGGGCGGCAGCUCAGUUUGAGAGGAUUGCAACCUUUUUCCACCACCAACCCCACCACAUCCCUCUCGAGGGAGCCUUGAUGCUGAAUUUCAAAAUGCAAUGAGAAGUGACUGAAACAUCCCAACCCCCUCUGCUUGAUGACUCUCGCCAAUUGACUGAACAAAAUCCUCAGCGAACAAAGCCUUGUGGACAUACAGGAAGAGUUGAUCUGAGUGCGCAAUGUCGUUGAGGAGAACAGAUGGGGCAUCCAUUAUCCAAGCCCUGGCGAUGACUGUGGCUGAAAUUCCGGUAUUCCUGUACUCUACGUUCGGGCAGUCCAUCUUCUCACAACUGAAGCUGUCUCCGGGUCUGAAGAAGGUGCUGUUUGCAACAGCUUUGGGCACAGUAGCCUUGGCCCUCACUGCACACCAGUUGAAGAGGAGAGGACGGAGGAAAAAGCAAGAUGCCGAGAAACACAAGGCGUUACAGCUCCCUGCACUGGGCAAGCUUCCAUCCUUAAAGAGAGCAACCCCACCCAGAAGAGUGCAGAGCCCAGGGAGUAAGAGCAAUGAUACUCUCAGUGCAGUCUCCUCCAGUGUGCUCAGCAGGCGAUCUAGCUCGUCCCAAAGUCUAACAUCGGUGCGACCAGCGAACUCACCAAGUCCAGCAGGUCUGCCAACUGAAACUUGGGAAGCAGGAGCUGUUCAAGAAGAGAAUGAACCCACAGAGGAUUCCAAUGCUGAGAACCUAUACAUUAUUGGGAUGGAGCUGUUUGAAGAAGCUUUGCAAAAGUGGGAACUUGCCCUUACCAAACGGAAGAGGAGUAGUUCGGAAACAGAAAGAAAGAAUUGUCUGAUGAACCUGGGAGCGAGUGGCGCACUUGGGGACGGCUGUGAGGCACCAAGAAACAAGGAGUUUUCACAGAAGCUGGAAGCCCUCCUGAAUCGAGCAUACCGGCUACAGGAAGAGUUUGGGGAAACGGUACCUUCUAAUAGUGUACUAGCUGAUUUUGAGUGUGUUGGGGCUCUGGCCCUUCCAUAUGCAGAGGAUUCUGGACGAUAUUAUCUUGAUGAUGAUGUCAGUGUGACGUCUGAAGAUUCAUUCUUUUCAGCAGCAGAGCUAUUUGAUUCUUUAUCAUUCGAUGAGGAGAGAUUUCAGUCGUCCAGAUCGUCUGCUUUAUAUGAAGAAGCCAUGAGGAUCGUUCAAGAUGACCAGGUCGCCUGCCGAUCAUUCAGAACGGAGCUCCUGGAAUGCUACAGCGAUGAGGAUUUUUUGGCGAAGCUACACUGUGUGCGUCAGGCAUUUGAGGUAGUGCUGCAGGAUGAAGCAAACCGGCUAUAUUUCAGUGAAAUUGGGAAGCAGAUGAUUACUGGACUGAUGUCCACUGCAGGAAAGAAUGUAAAUAGAUUCCAUGAGACCUACCACGAAAUGCUGCAGUAUGCAGCAAGGGAAGAAACCUGGGCGACGACCAAGAGAGAGCUGGAGGGGCGCGGGGUUGUGAGCAUGAGCUUUUUUGAUAUUGUAUUGGAUUUCAUUCUGAUGGAUGCCUUUGAAGACUUGGAAAAUCCUCCUUCAUCUGUGGUUGCUGUUUUACGGAACCGCUGGCUCUCAGAUAGUUUUAAGGAGACGGCCCUUGCCACAGCUUGUUGGUCAGUGUUAAAAGCAAAAAGGCGACUGUUACAGGUCCCUGAUGGGUUCAUUUCCCACUUUUACUCCAUUUCGGAGCAUGUAAGUCCUGUCCUUGCCUGGGGCUUUCUCGGACCAAAACAACACCUCUGUGAAGUUUGCACUAUAUUUAAGCAACAAAUACUUCAGUAUUUGAAGGACAUGUUUGAUUUGGACAAAGUGCGAUACACUACAGUGAAUUCACUGGCGGACGACAUUGUACAAUUAUCACGCAGACGCAGUGAGAUUCUCCUUGGCUACCUGGGCGUUGAUGCAAUAACAGAAAUGAAUGGGACGUUACCCACUGACAAUGGACCUUUGGAAGAGGCCAGUCUUGUAUGAAACUUGGACACACAGGUUUUUUUAUUUAAAAUAAAAAAGCGAUUAAUUUUUGCAAGAAACAAGUAACAACUUGGCACUAAGAAUCAGUGACCUGUAUCUGAUUCCUGGAUGAUUUCCCAUCUUCCCUCAUUUCCCACGUCUGUUUUGAGGAGAUUAUUAAGAAUCUUGAUCAGAAUACCCCCUAUACAUUACAAUUGUCUCUUUCUGUUGAAUAUCAGCAUUUUGAUAUAUCAUUGGUUGGGGACAGGAAGAAUGAAGCAUUAUUCUUGUGAAUCUAGUACAUUGCAGAGAUGUUCGCUGAUGGAGAGGAGCGUCCUUGAGAGCAAAUUCUGAGGCUUGCAGGAUUGGUAGUACACUUCCCUCCAGGUUGUGUUUAAUUUGGGGGGGUGUGGCAUAGUUAUCAGCCUUGCUCUUUAAGCUUGGGUGGAACAGUGCCUCUCUGUGGUGUGGUUGAUUUACUGCACUGCCUGGUCUGUUACUGAACUGUAUGGGUCGUGAAAUGUGAGUUGCGAGUGGCAGAUAUCCAGGAUUGUAAACUGAAACACUACAGUUGGCCUUAACAUCUCCUGCCUUGAGAGGAAAAUGCUUAUCCACAGUUUGUGCCUGCUCAUUUCUCUUUGCCCAGCACAUUACUGUCAAGUUAUAGCGUGAUGAAGUACAUGAGGCACCCAUUUCUUGACAGCCGUUGUACAAAGAAAAUGGCUAAAUGUUUGAAAUUUCAAAGCACUUAUUUUUUUAAGUACUAACCUGGAGUCUAAAAAACAGGCAACUAGUUUUGUUUAAUUUUUUUUCUUUUUGAAAAAAAGGACUGUGAUUUUAAUGUCAUUCUUGUCAAUGAUUGCAUUGUAACCUGUGCCACCAUCCACCACCUUAGCUGGCAACACUACAGGGCACAGUCAGGGGGCGGGGCAAAGAUAACUGAAUCAUGGAACAUGUUGCUUUCUCCGUAAUCCUACACCCUGCACUCUCUGGAAGAUGAGGGUAAUAAUCAUCAGGGUAUUAACAAAAAGCUGCAAAUAGUGACCCCACUGUCCCAACCAGAAUUGGUUAAAUCUCCUGUCAGUCACACAUAGAGACCACACUGCUGUAAGUGACUAGGAUUGUUGUGACUCUUAAUUACUAUUCUGUAUUUACUCACCACACACUGCAUUUUGCUGGAGAAAUAAUCCUGUUUCUCAUAUUUUUCCAUCCUACCAUUCAUGGGAGAGGGUGAAUUGCUCACUUCUGUCCUCUGUUCCUGUAAGGCUGUCUGGGUACACAGCAUACUGGAAUGUACUGCAAGGACAUAAGCCAGUUUUGACCCCUCGGAUGCACACGGUCUUACAGUGCAAUAAACAGGCAGCACAAACAAAGAAAAAUAUGAGCGAUUAUUGCUUCCACCCCGAAGAUCCUCUGACAUGGAAUCUUUGUCCCUAAAUUGAUACACCACCUGAAAGACUUUGGGGGCAAAACAAACUCGUGGAAUAUCUUGUAAUGAAAUUGUUUCUCUUUUUAGAUCUUGAGUUCCUUUUGAAAUUGUUAAUAUGUAAUAAUUUUAAUUUUGAGGGAUGGACUAAACUUAGUUUAGGAAAUCUGAAAGUUUCAUUGUGGGCUCAAAGUCUAAAUCAAAGUUUUAAGUGAGUUUGCACUUUUUUUUUUAAAAAAAAAAGAAAAAUUACAUUCACAAGACUUUUCUCCCCCCACUUUUGUAUUGUCUCCAUGUAUGCCUCCUGCUGUGAUGGGAGUGGUUUUUGAUUACUCAAAUCGCUCAUUCUUGUCCCUUUUCUCCCUCUGCCAGUUCAGGCGCACAUUAUCACCAAUGAAACAUGGUCCUUGGUGUCAAACAUUUAAUAGCCCAAAUAAUGCUGGCUGACUGUAUCCUGUGUGAGGUGGCGGGGUGAGAGGAGGGUUCUCUUAAUGUGUGUCAGGAUUGUUUAAAAGACCAGGUGUCUUAUUACUCAGGUUUGUAUAAUUAUAUUACUUUUAAACCCUCCAAAUGAAGAGGCCUGAUGCACCUGUUAACAAUGGUUUAUGAUCAAUAGAUGCCAUCCUGAAACAGGUCUUUUGUCUACUUGAAUGUUGUCUCAGAGAGACUUGGAACAAAUCUGUUUAUGGUGAACAGCAUCAGCAACAGAAAGUCUGUUUCUGCCUUUUGGAGCAAUUAGGAUCGUGCUACACCAACACUUACAGAAGGUGAGACAACUCACUAAAGAUGGGCAGGUCUGUAUGUGCUUUUAAAAGGAAAGGCUCAGUGUCAGGUUUUGUGAUUUUUCUGUUUGAGCUUUGGAAUUUCAGACCAAACCCUGUCCCUGAUACAAUCAGUUCCUUGGAUAAUUACUGAUUAUUGUUCUUGCAAACUGAAUUUAACUGUCUGGUUUAUUGUUUCCAACAAUGUGUCAUGGAAGCUCCUUAUAAUUUAGCCACUGUAUGUUUUCCAGAAUGACAUCCUGUUGAUUAUUAAAGGAUUUAUAAUAGGACUACUGAAUGUAUUAAGAUAUUAAAGAGAAUAGAAUUUUUAAGCA